CACAGGACAGUUGGAGCAAGGCAAUCCUGCGCGGACACUGGUAGGUGAAAGGAGGGUAGCUAGGCGUCGUUUUGCGUGCGCAUCCAUGACAAAUUUGCACAUGCCUCACUCCAGUCAUUUCCAUCCCCUGCCUUGCCCAGGUACCUUAACCACCACCCACCACCCACCACUGCUGCUCCUAGAAGCUCACGCCCAAGCAUCCUCCCCCCCCCCCCCCCCCCCAUUGACCAAAACUCGGUCGGCGAUCCUCGCUCUCGCCCUCGCCCUCACCCUCGGCGAAGCAGCAACGACACAGCAGCAGAGCCUUCGCAGUGCGUGCUGCCACCUUUUCUUACCUAUUUUCCCCUCCCUUUCCCCCAUUCCUCCCCCUCUUCUUGCUACCUACCACCACUGACUCCCUACAAAGAAAGCCACGAGUCAAACUUGGUCGUCCCGACAGUCUGUUUCUCCCCCCUCCCGUCGUUCUCGGUAACCAAACAUUCCAACGAAGCCAACGUAGAAAGAAGGUCGAUUCUGUCCCAACUCCCUAUCCGGCUACGAAGGCCAGACGACAGUCUUUUAUUCGCUGCCCGCACUUUGGAAAAGUCCGUCUCUCUGCCCCCGCCAAGAAGUUAUGGAGCAAAGCCCAGAAGCCCAGCAGCAACACUCGCCGAUAGACGGACAAGCGGCAAACCGCGGCUCCGACGCACUUCCGAGACCGCGUCCUCUGGCCUGCACUCCAUGCCGCCGCCGCAAGAUCAGAUGCGACCACAAGACGCCAAUCUGCUCCAAUUGCGUGAGAUACGGGCUGGAAUGUGCAUGGCCCGAAGGCCGUCGCUCUUCAGGACGCCGCCAGAGACCGUGAGCCCCCCUUGUCUUCGUCCUCGUCCUGUCUUUAGACUCGCCCUCAACCUCACUCUCACCCUCACCCUCGCCCCACUUUACGAAGAUGUAGUUUCGAGAUUGGCCCAGAUGGAGAAGCUGGUGGAGGAGCUCCAAACCACAAAGCCCGACCAGGGCACCACGCCUCCACCGCUGCAACUACAACAUGCCAAUCACCACGACGCCGCCGCAAGCCUCUCGCCCCUGGCCACCACGACGUCAUCCUCGAAUCCUCACUCUCCCUUAUCGAGACGGAAGGCGAGCAGCGCAAGUCCUUCGUCGGCUAACGAUGACCCCUAUCCUUCGCCGCCCUCUGCUACCUCGUCGAACGGUGCGAGGCUGUACUAUACCGGCGCCCCUGAUGAUAACACCGUAUUCGCAGCAGGUGCCUGUUCUCUGCUCUCGCCUCAGGGUCUGUCCCAGAUUGAGCUCCUCAUUGGGGACUCUCGGUUCUCAAAUGCACUGAGUUCUCUACAGCCAAAGGCCAUUUCCCUGCGCCAUCAACCGUACCUGGCACACGACGACCUGAACCACCCUUUGCCUCCUAACCAUGUCAUCAUGGAAUGCGUGAACGAGUACUUUGUGACAAUGAACGCCGGCAUACGUACCUUCCAAGAGCAUGAGGUGCGAACCGCCCUCAGGUCUUACUUCCAAGGGCAGCCUCCGGCCGACCCUGGGUGGCGGAUGGCUGUGAAUGUUAUGAUCGCCCACACGCUCCGAAAGAGGAACCGCAUGCGGAACAAGGAAGAAUACCAAAAAUACAUUUACAACGCCCUCGGCAUGGUUCCUAACGUUAUUCUGCGCUCACCCUCACCCAUGACGAUAGGGGCAUUGUUGUCGACGGUCCUCUACUUCAGCUUCACCUCUGAUAACCACAUUGCCCUAACCCUUAUGGGCUUUACCGUGCAGCUUCUUCUAAUGGCGGGCUACCACCGCCUCGAGCCCGAUCUGGUCCACGCAACCCCGCAGAACAUAGACCCGGCCUACAUCAUCGACCAUGACCUUAUGUUGCGCAUUGGAAAGCCCCCACUCAUCAGCGACGACUUCCUUCUCGACCUGCCCGAGGAGCACCCCGCCGACGGCUACGGCAAGUACUACUACCCCGGUGAUGUGACACUUAACUUCUUCCUUCAGCAAGUCCGCCUCGCUCAGAUCCAAGGCCGUAUCGCCUCCGCGUUGUAUCACCGCACCGGCAUACCCCCGGCUGAGCUCAAGGCCGAGAUACGCCGCCUUGACGGCGAACUGCAGGAGUGGCGCGAGAGCAUCCCCUCAAUGAUCCGCGCCGACAAUGUCGACGCCCUGCUGGACGGCGACUAUUCCAGGAUGAUAUCCCUGACGACGUUGCAUUUCACCUACUUCCAGCUCGUUGUGGCCAUCCACUCCGCUGCCUUCCGGUUGCCCAUGCUGGAGGACCAGGAGGGCACCGAGGCCGCGGACAUAGGACCCAGUCUCGCACUGUGCGUGAGUGCGUCGCGCGCCGCCAUCUCGCUUUUGAAAUACCAUCAGAUCGAACACCCAUACACGCCAUAUCUCCUGUACCAAAUCGCCUGGAGCGUAGACAUCCUCUUCGUCAACAUCCUCCAGAACAAGGCGAACCCCCACGCGCGUCGUGACCUCGAUCUCAUCCGCACUGUCAUAUCCUUCUUUGAAAAGUACGACCCGGAUCACCAGGCCGUCGUCUCGUACCAGAUCAUCAAGUCAAACCGGGACGGUCCACGUCCGGCCAUCCGGCGGUGGAUCGCAGCAUUGUGGAACUGGCAAGUCGCCGAAAGGAGCCCGCAUCGUCGGCAUUGGCGACUAUGAUUGGCCCAUCUGGCGCUGCCUGCGGAGGCGGAACUUCCAUGCUGCAUCGUCGGCUCCCAAUAGGUUCACGGGUCCGUACACUCACGGGUCUCUCAUUAGUCAGCAACAUCCACUGUAUUUUUGUUUCCAGCGCUGACCAACAAUCGAUCACAACCACCAUCAUAUUUCUACCAAUGCAUUUAAACGACCUUCCCCCUCAAGCGUGUUUCUCAUCACAGGAAGAAUUGUUGAUCAGUCUACAUAUUUGGGCAGCAAUUAGAGACUAUAAGUUCAUUGUACGAAGGUCGACUAUUGGAAGGUCUGGCCGAUCAACAAUCACCUACUCAUGCAAUCGAUUCCGUUCUGGUUGCCAAUUCUCGGUAUGAGGCAAGGAAGAAUGGAGCGAGAAUUAGCUUCUUAAACACCGGGAAGCCAGAUUCUCUCAACAUAACCAUGACACUAAAGACAACCGCAAGCCUCAAGACGAUCUCCAUUCCCGGGACAAUCACGAACCUCAAGAUCGGCAGCAGGAAGUGACGCAAGACCAUCCGCAAAACGAACUUGGAGACCCUCGAAUUGAGCCUCAACACGGGCCUUCAAGCAGGUCGCAAGACAAGGGAACAAAACGACUACCUACAUGUAGUAAAUGUCAUUUAGAAGGCCACACAAGGAGUGCGAAAUCUUGUCCCCAACGACACCGCCCCAGCCCCUGCUGAGAAGAAAAAUACAGUGG